CAUCAGCGGAUUCUUACCCUUGCUGUUUGUUUACUUUUUUCCUUCACUUUCACUACUUCUCGACUACUGCGCUCUGAUUGGCUGUUAUUCGAUGGAUUUUUAAAAUUGACCAAUCAGCAUUUACGUUGAAUUUUGUCAACACAGGCACGUGUGUUUUUGGCGCAGACACCUGGAUUUCAUAAGCAGCGAGCAAAAAUGCUUGAUUUUCCUGGUUUUUGAGACAAAACGAGAUUUAAAUACGAGAGAGGAGUAAAAUGGCAGGCAAAAGUUUAAUCCACACUUCCAUUGCUCGCACCCACGGCAACAUUCAGCGCUUUGAGCAGAACAGCGAUGAACUGCGGGAACAUUUGUACAAGUUCGCCCUCAUUCCUUGGUCAGAUGGCUUCCGGUCUGUGUGCGAAGUCACCAGAGACCCAUUUCUGCACCCCGACUACUGUCAAUGCGACAGAACCGUUUUUGACAUUUCCACCAUGCAAACUGGCAGUGAUGGGCUGCCCAUGAAAAUUCCUCCACACCAGCCAAUAUCAAGCGUGGAAAUAAGUAAAAUAAAAGUUUUAGACCAGCAGAUCAAAACGGUGGCCAACGCCAAAGUGUCGGUGAUAUUCGACAGUGCCGAAAGUGCUUCUUCGUGGAGAGCAGACUUGCCUGCCUUUGAAAAUAUUCUCCUUUCUGUUCUAAGCAUGAAUUUGUUCUACGUAACUCAGCACAGUUUAGUGGACGUUGAGGGCCUUGAUUUGCACAACAUCAAGUAUCUUGUUUUCCACUGCAACAAGCUGAAUGGGUGCUUGGCUAAAUUUUCAAAGAACAGUAAAAUUUCUGUGAGGAAUGUCAUCGACAUUGGUUCUUACUCAAAAGUUCUCUCAACGAAAAAUUACCAAGUUGCCCUCGGCUUGGAAGCUCCCUUUGAGAAGUUGAACAAUCUUGUCCGAGAUUGCCUUAGAAAUGGAGACGAGGAUAGAAAAAAUAACAAAGUCUUAGUUUCUGGUCCUUCAGGCUGCGGAAAAACGGUCCUUGUGGAGCACCUGUGCCAAAGAAAUAACCUGAGCUUGAUCCAAAUUUCUGGCGGAACCUUUGCCGAGUCCAAACCCGGAGAGGCAGAGCAAAAGUUGAGAAGCAUCUUUGAAACAGCAAAGAGGCUAACACACUGCGCCAUUGUAAUUGACCAAAUCGAAGCAGUCUGCCCAAAAAUCAAUGACACAACCCAGAGUCAUUCUCGACGACUUGUGAAACAAAUGGCUUCUUUGCUGGACGAAUAUUUGCAUUCAGUUUUUGUCGUCGGCGUCACAUCGAAGCCUGGCAAUGUGGAUCCGUCCAUAAUUCGAGCUGGACGGCUCGAACACGAAAUUUCUAUUGGUCCCCCAACUGAGAAGGAAAGGGAGAUCAUGUUGAAAAACCUGUUGUCUAAUUUUAUUAAGGAUUCCAAUUCUGUAGAAAGUUUUUCCUCCGAGGCCGCAAAAGUGACCCCAGGUUAUGUCCUGGCUGACCUGUCCAUGCUCGCCAGGGAGACUGCCCUUCUGAAGACAAAAUUGCCACACAAUGAUUGGCACUCAAUAUUUAAAUGUGCCCUUGCUGGAAUGAAACCAGCGUCUCUACGAAGUGGCCUAGGCGUCGUCACAACAGACCCAAUGUCCAUCCAGCAGAUUGGUGGAUUGACGGAGAUAAAAAAGAAGUUGAAAAUUCUGAUUGAGUGGCCUUUGGUCCAUCCUGAGGCGUUUGAACGCAUGGGUAUACCCAGACCUAAAGGUGUUCUGCUUUAUGGGCCUCCAGGAUGUGCCAAAACAUCUUUAGUCAAAUCGAUUGCAACCAUGACUGGGAAAUCAUUCUUUGCCGUGUCUGCUGCGGAACUCUACUCGUCUCUUGUUGGCGAGUCUGAAAAAAGUGUGGUCGCUUUAUUUAGAAAGGCAAGAUCUGCUGCUCCAGCCAUUCUAUUCAUUGAUGAAAUAGAUGCACUUGUUGGUCACCGAGGUGGGGGCCAGAUACAGACUGGAGUGCAAGAACGAGUUCUGGCCACAGUUUUGGUUGAAAUGGACGGUUUAAUUGCACCCUCGAGUGAAGGUGGAGUCCUCAUUGUAGCUUCAACAAAUAGACCCGACUUGGUUGAUGCUGCCCUGCUGCGGCCAGGACGUUUUGACCAAAUAAUUCAUGUUCCUGCUCCCGACUUUGAAAGCAGAAAGUCGAUAUUGGUGGCAAAGUCCUCUUGCAUGGCAGUGUCACCAGAUGUCGACUGGAAUGCGAUUGCCAGGAAAACCGAGCUUUUCUCUGGAGCUGAUUUGCAGAACUUGUGCCAAGAGGCUGCCUUGCACGCCCUCACCAUUGAUGGGAUGGAAGUGGAAGAAGUUCAAUACAAACACUUUGAGUUUGUUUUGCAGAAUAUGAAACCGUCAUUGUCGAGUAAAUGCCUAGAUUGGUUUACCAAAUACAAACCAGGACACUAAUAAAAAUGUGUU